CAGCUCCAUUUCGUUAAAUCAGGUCAAGGAUGAAAAUGGAACAACAUGAAACAGAAGAACAUUGGCCUCCAUCCCAUUCCAUACUGGAUUGCCUUCCGUGGGAAGAUGUUCUGUUCAAGAAGGUGUUUCCCAACCUGGCAGUACAGACACUCUUCAGCCUUAGGAGAGUAAGCAAGCAGUUUCAUGAGUGUAUCACAUACUAUUUCCAAACCAGUAAAUGUCUCAACCUUAGCAGGAUAGCAGCCAGAUGUAAUGGUGUUGCUUUUCAAAUCAUGACCAAUGACAAUAGCAACUUACAAGAAUUAAACUUGAGAAACUCUAAAGACUGGCUGACUGAUGAACUCCUUGUGCCAGUGCUGCAAAGAAACGGCCGACUUUUACUUAUAGAUAUAAGUAACUGUACUCGCCUGACUAAUGAGAGUAUCCGUAUCUUGGCUUUACAUUGCCCUAACUUGUGUCGUAUCACACUGAGGGAGUGUAUAUGGUUGAGUGUAGUGGCUGUCACCAACCUGGUUCUACACUGCAGAGGACUAACCCAUGUAGAUUUGUCUGGAUGCUGGAACCUAAAUGAUGAGGCUGUAGUGACAAUGGCAAUGUGUUGUCAGCAACUGGAAUUCCUGUCCAUAGCAAAGAUCUAUGGGGUGACGGAUCAUGCAAUAGCAAAUGUAGCUAGCUACUGUAGACGACUGAAGCAUUUAAACAUGACUGGCUGUUGGAGGGUGACCAAUGAGUCUGUCAUACUUCUAGCAGAGUAUUGCAGGGACCUGAAGGCACUGCAGAUAAGAGAAUGCAGGGAUAUUAAUGAGCAAAGUUUGUGUAAACUAAGGGAGAAAAAUGUGAAAGUGGACAUACCUAAGUACCCAUACACUAUUGUCUGUCCUCUAACAAGGUCACUGCAAAGACUUAAUGUACAAAUAUGAUAGUCAUUUAAGUCUGCACUUGACUUGCUCAAAAUUGCAAUGUUUUCUCCUUUUGGCAAUCCUAAUUUAUUGUGAAUGUAUCAGAUAAGUUGCCUACUGUCAUUUCUUUCUAAUGAGUAAUUUUGUUAAAAAUAUUUUAAAGGAUUUGUACGUAAAUCAGAAGUUUGGUCAUAUAAUAUCAUCUGGUAAAAAUAAUAUUUAUACAAAUGAAUGUUAUACGAAUUUAAGAAAUUUGAUCAGUUUCACCUAACUGAUUCUUAUAGCUUUCAAUUGCAUAAAUCAGAAAUCAAAUAAAAAUGGGAGGUUAAAUCAUUGUUAUUUUGGGGCAACUGUGCCAAACUUUUUUUU